AUGAAGACAACACUUGUCUUACUCUUCGCUCUCCUCCUAGCAGCUGCAGUUCUUGUAAGAGGUUCUGAUUCCUAUCAACAACCAGAUACUUACAAACCACCUGUUGACACUUAUCAGCCACCUGUCGACACUUACAAACCACCUGUUGACACCUAUAAGCGUGUCUGUAAGAAGAAAUGUGUUCUCCACAAGUAUGUCCAAGGAAAAUGUAUCAAACACAAGACUGUUGGUAGAAAGAAGAUUUGUGACAAGUAUGCCAUUGUAGGAAAAGGUCGUUGUCUCAAAUUCAAGAGACAUUCCACUUGUGACAAGUACAGCAAAAAAGUCACUAAAUGUGUCAAACACAAGUGCAAGAAAUACUGUGCCAAGCAUGAAACUAAGAAAGUCUGUGAUAGCUAUGGAUCAAAGAAAGUCUGUAAGAAACAUGCCACUCAUACUUAUUGUGUCAAACAUAAGAAUGAGAAGAAGUGUUGUCAAUAUGGAACUAAAAAGAUUUGUAAGAAAUUCAAAAAGAUUCCAAUUAAGAAGUGUACUCAAAAGAAGGUCUGUGAUAAGUAUACUUCGGACAAGUAUGUCGAUUCCUAUGCUCCAAGAAAGUGCAGAGUCAUUCGUAAAUGCCGUGUUUGUGGAUACAAGAAGAAGUGUGUCAAACAUCAAACGAGAAAAUUCUGUAAAAAGUACAAGACUGAAAGAAAGUGUGUCAAAUAUACCAAAAGAAAAUUCUGUGCUCGUUUCAAGAAGGUUUCAUUCUGCAAGAAGCAUAAGCAAGUCAAGACUUGUUGUCAAUUCAAGACCAAGAGAUAUUGUGUCAAGAAAAAGACAUUCCCUUCCAAAUGCAUUCACUUCAAGCAUACCAAGAAGUGUGUAAAGAGAUCAAAGGGAAAGAGAGUCUGCAAGAAACACAAGUGGACAAAUGGAAAGAAGAUUUGUGUCAAACAUGAACAAAAGAAAGAAUGCGCCAAGAAGAAGAAGUUUUGCAAGAAGGUCAAGAUUGAUACUUAUGAAAAGAAAGUUGAUUCUUAUGCAAAGAAGGUGGAUACCUAUGCAUAA